AUGCGUUCAGCAGCAGUAUUCAAGUCAUCCAUCACGGCCAUUCGUGGUGGCAGUGUAUUGAAAACAAGAAGAGAAUGUUUUGCUUCUUCUUAUUCUUGUUUUGCUCUUUCCUCCUUGCUGCACAAUUCCAUCACCAACACAAACAGAAUCUCAUCCAUGAUGACGACCAUCUUGAUGGCCACAAAUUCCACUUUUCAAAACCUCACAUCAUCCCAAAAUAGAAAUUACACAUCUAUUACUUUUUACAACUUUGUUUCGAGAGAUCUCAAUAACAAGAAGAUUGAUUUCUCGAAAAUGAAAGGAAAAGUUUCACUUGUGGCCAUUGUGAAUACCAAUCAUCCUCAAUAUAAAAACUUUUUGAGAGAAUUGGCCGAAUUGAAACGACGUGGACACUCAAUGAUGAAUGGUGGUGAUUUUGAAUUAAUUGUCAUUCCAAGAAGCACUAGUUCUGUGUCUUCAAAAUUAUCGGUCACAAGUGACAACAGUCCCUUGAAGCAAUUUUUGUCAACUUCCUCAAAAGAAAAUCAUUCGACAGAAAUUUCUUCUGAAACCUCAUCAUCGUCUUGUCCUUCUUUCACCAUUUUAAAAACCAUCAUGAAUGAAGAAGGAUCUUAUAUCAACAAUGAGGUGUUCAACUUUCUCGCAAAUUAUGGGAAUAUCAAGACAAUUGUUGAGGAUUUUGAAAAGUUUGUCAUUGAUAGUGAAGGAAGAGUGGUGUAUCGAAGUGGAAAUGACACUCCUUUAGAAGAAGUAGUGGAUGUGAUAAAGAAUGAAUUGAAGAAACGAAAAUAA